UGUGUCACCUGCCCCCGACGGCUUGUUGAUUCCCAGGAGCGCUGCUUUUUUGGUCUGGGCCACCAAAAGGACUGUCUCGGUCACCUGUUGCCCAGGCGCAUUCCUGGGGAGCUCCUGAGACGUCCCUGGGUUCGCUCGCCCUCCAACAACACAGCCAUGAGCAAGUUGGGCAAGUUAUUUAAAGGGGGAGGCUCUUCCAAGAGCCGAGCUGCUCCCAGUCCCCAGGAGGCCCUGGCCCGACUUCGGGAGACAGAGGAGAUGCUGGGCAAGAAACAAGAGUACCUGGAAAAUCGAAUCCAGAGAGAACUCGCCCUGGCCAAGAAGCACGGCACGCAGAAUAAGCGAGCUGCAUUACAGGCACUAAAGAGAAAGAAGAGGUUUGAGAAGCAGCUCACUCAGAUUGAUGGCACCCUUUCCACCAUUGAGUUCCAGAGAGAAGCCUUGGAAAACUCACAUACCAACACGGAGGUGCUAAGGAACAUGGGUUUUGCAGCAAAAGCAAUGAAAGCAGCUCAUGAGAACAUGGACCUGAACAAAAUAGAUGAUUUGAUGCAAGAGAUCACAGAGCAACAGGAUAUUGCCCAAGAAAUCUCAGAAGCAUUUUCUCAACGGGUUGGAUUUGGUGAUGACUUUGAUGAGGAUGAGUUGAUGGCAGAACUUGAGGAACUGGAGCAAGAAGAAUUAAAUAAAAAGAUGACAAAUAUCCGACUUCCGAAUGUGCCUUCCUCCUCUCUCCCAGCACAGCCAGACAGAAAGCCAAGCUUGCCCUCCACUGCACGCCGAUCCCAGCCAGCAUCUUCCAGGAGAGCAGAAGAAGAUGAUGAUGACAUCAAACAAUUGGCAACUUGGGCUACUUAAACUAAAAUGAAGAUUUUUCCCACUAGUUGAUGAGACUUAAAAAGGUGUUUUACAAAGUUCAGUUGCUGUUAUAUAUUUAUACUGAAUGAAUAAUUAUCUUUUAAGCCUCAUAAGUAAACAUUUGAAAAGGAGUUACGUGUAGAUAUAGAAUCAGGGAUGAAAAAGGGCUUCCUGAAAACUAGCAGUUAGCAUAAUGGCUAUGUCGCUGGACUCCCAUGUAGUCGACCUCAGUUCAAG